AUGCUUAACGCCGUGGACGAAUGGAGAGGCACAACGGAUCCCGAUCUGCGACGCAGAGUGCAGAACAGGCUGAACCAAAGAGCAUAUCGUCAAAGACGAAGGCAGAUGCUCAGGGUCCCCGGAAAGACGUCCGGCAGAACUGCCAAUGAGACGAUAUCGCCAGCUCAAUCUCCCUGGUACACCGACCCGGCCGCGGUAGUUGCGCAAUUCCGGGGCCUGAAGCUCGGCCGCCACGCAAAGCCUUCGCCGUCCGACGACCACGUCUUGUGCAUCAUGCAGUUCAACGUCAUGCGAGCCUUUGGCACCAUCACCUCCUUGGUUGGACUAUCGCCGACUGAUCUGUUAGAGGAUGACACACCAUCUCCGUUCUCCUCUCCCACACGCUGCCUCAUGCGGGAGUCUCCCGCCCGUCAUCACUUCCAACAAUUUUCAUUAUUACCCGAGAGCCUCUCGCCUACAUCUCUGCAGAGAUCCACGCCCCACCAUCCCUGGAUUGACAUUCUGCCCUUUCCCCAGAUGAGAGAUAACCUACUACGCCUCGAAUCCAGCUCGAGCGUGGCAGCCGAAAAGCAGCAGUACGAUGCGGAUAGUCUAUGCCACUGGAUGGUCGGGCUCGACCCAAGUCAGAAAGAGUCGGGCCUCAUCUUGUGGGGAGAGCCCUGGGAUCUGGCUGCUUGGGAGGUGACAGCGGAGUUUCUUGAUAGAUGGGGAUGGACGCUUGAGGGUUGUGUUGACUUGUUCCGGUCAACAAAUUACUGGAGAAGCAAGAGAGGGCUGAAGCCCCUUUUUACCUUGGGGAAAAUGGGAACGCUGUGA